UCUCCUGGCGGCAGCAUUUGAACGCUUUGCUCGCAAGCUACGGAUAUGUGGUCUGUAUGCAAUCGAGCUAAAUGUUUAAACUUGUUGAACAAAUUAAGUGCUCCGAUAGGUAGCGGUAACUCUACUUUCAUACUCUUCCGCAACCCUUAUUUUUCCCACCCCUCUAGCUGACCAUGUACUGUUCCGAACGAUUCAAUUGUAUUCAGUGCAAUUUAAUUCACUGCUAAGGCGAUUCAUCAGUUUUUUUCGUAUAUAUGCUCACUCUUCUCAACGAAGAUUGUUGUUUCUGACGUUGUGAUGAAUCUCACAGGAAUCUUGUCUUGGUUAUACAAAGAACAGCCGCGCAUUUAUGCAUGCGAGGUUCACUUAUAAUAUUAUAAUGACGACGUAAUGUCUUCAAUAUUGUAUAUAUUUAACAUAUUCGAACUUGGAACGUAUAUAUCGAGUUGUAUUAUGUAAUUUAACCGUUUAGUAGGUAUCCUAUUUGCAACUGGUUCGCGUGUUUGUUGCCUACGUCUGUUUUAUACAACGUCGGUAACAUCGAAUGCAUUUUAAAGGAAAUAAAGUAGACAUUCCGGUCUCCGAUGUAAGAACGUAUGAUUAUUAUCGGAGUUAAAGUCGUGUUAGACGUUAUUCGUGAAAUAAUUUGCGGUUAGCAGAUUUACGAUUGCUUGGCGCGCAUUCGUGCUUUCACCAUUAUCUGCGUGCCGCUGCCAGAUGGCAGCUGCUGUUUCAUUCUUUGCAAUCGAGCAAUGGUAAAAAUGAAGAUAAUGUAAAAAAUCGUAUGCAGUUUAAUCGUCUGUAAACCCACCGAUGGUUACGUGCAAUCAAAAUUGUAAUACUUCGCACAAUUUUAAUAACAUAAUAUUGUCCACGUUUAAUUGGUUAACGUAUUCGUAGUUCCUUUGUUUCUUAAUUUUUUUUACUCGAUGACGACUCGACUACACCGUAGGAUAUAUUAUAUGUAUUUCGGACACAGCUGUUUUCAAAGCGUCCCUUCGCUGAAUAUUGCCUUUGACUCUGUCUUUCCGCUAUAAAUAUUCAUGAAAAUGUACUGCUGUGCGCGUGGCACGUUUCAUUGUCAAUACGCCAAUGGAGUCCAAUUCGAGAAAUUGAAAACCAAAUAUUCCAUCGACGAGGACAUUAUAGUAGAGUACACGUUACACGAUAAAGUCAGCACGUCGUCGCGCGAUUGGGUCGGAAUUUUCCCCAGAGGGUGGACCAACCUUCAGCAGUAUCUGACUUUUGAAUACGUUCUCGUGGCACCGAAAAUGUCGUCUCUGUCCAGGCGCAGUAUCAUGUUUUUGCAUACGUUUCAUCGAGAGGCGUCUUUGAAUAUCGAUUACCACUUCGUCUACAUAAGCAAAGAAAUCGAAAUCAUGGGCACGAGCUCGUACUUUCGUUUCACCAUGAAUCCGAAACAUCGAUUCCUCGAUCGAAACGCCAACUCACCGGAAGUAAGCAGCAGCAGUUCGGUACCAGCGACCUCGAAACGAUCGACUAUUCGAUGCAAAUUAAACGGUUGUAACAUUCAGUUCUUGAUGUCGCAUAACGAGCAACUUGGGGCUCGCGUAGGACGACUCCUGCGCGACUUAGAAUUAACGGAAACAGCCGUGAAGAGGGAGAAAAUGGCGCGGAUGGUUUUGACGAAUAGGCUGCAGACGUACGAGACGUUCGUCGCGGAAAUGUUCAGGAGUUUGAACGUGAUAGGAGUUGUUAAGAUUACAGAUAAAGUGGGAAAUCAGAUAAUUGCUCAGAAAAUUAAACCGAAUGAACUGUCUUCGAUGAACGACGAGCAAGUCGACAAGUGUAUUUCAAUUCCGGAAAUUUCGAUGCUCAAUCAGUCGAUAGAAAAUAUGGGGUCGAACCACGACGAGACAAUGGAGAAGAUGAACAUCGAAGAGGUUCCUCGGGGGAUGAGCUCGUUGAUCAACGAAUCGUUAAAAAACAAAGAGACUAUAUCCCACGACCCUCGAGCGGAUAGAUCGGUUCCGAAGAGAGAACACACUCCGCGUCUCGACACGAAACACCUUAACGUUAUCUUGUCCGGGGAACAAUUGCCGUGGCCCGAGAAAUUUUCGGAGGUUACCUCAUCCAUGGUGGAAAUGGCGUCGAGUCCUGGUAGCCAGCGUGGUUGUUACGUAACGAAAGAGGCCACGGGCGCGACAAACGAAGCAGACGAUAAUGCAUGCAGAGACAAUUGUAAAAUCGAAGAGUCUAACCGUGUCGAGGGCAAGGCGAAGGAAACGAAAAACAGUGCGGUGGACGAGAAAGAUGUUGUGGGAAGUCUGGAUUCCUUGGAAUUGAAUUCGCGCGAGUGUAGCGGCACUUGCCACCACAAUUGUUCGGUGAAGUCGACUACGAACAAACAAUUUGACAAAGAGUGGGCGCUCGUGUGUCAGUGCGAUUUCGAAGUGACCAACGGGGUACGUCGGCUGACCGAUAAGAGCAUGGCAAACCUGAAACAUUAUCUCGAAACUCAUGCAACGAACGAUGUCCCGAUGAAUACCACGCUUUCGACAAACUUGGAAGGCGGGUCUGAAAAUCCGAUUGAUUUCGAGACACUACGACCGAAGCCGUCCGCUAUUUUGAUAAAGGGCAGGGACGCUAAGUUUUCAAUUAUAAGGUAUUGAACUCCGAACGAUGGAUAUUCAAGAACGAACGAAUUCUUGCGAAGCUUUGCUAUCGUGCCAUAUUCUCGGGCUGAAUAUGCAAGAGUCAUUAGUCGAGGCAUUAGCGAAAAUGAAAUGUAAAUAAAUAAAAUUUCCAGCUUCGCGACUGUUUCUCUACACUUACAUGUUCCCUUCC